CUUCACAGAAUAUUUCAGAGGUAUAUAAAGCCCUCAUGUCAGCUCAACGCUCCUCCAUUUUAUCAUGUCCCCAGUUCUUCUUCCUACCCAACUAGCUGCCGUCCUCCAUGGUCCUCGUGACCUACGGGUAGAGUCUCGAGCUCUCUUUCCUCCUCACCACGGUGAAUGUCAGGUUCAGUUGGUGGCGACCGGUCUCUGUGGUUCAGACUUACACUACUUUCUCGCCGGUCGUAAUGGUGAUUUCGCCAUUCAAGCCCCUCUAGUGCUAGGACACGAGGCAGCGGGCGUCAUAACCGCUCUUGGGCCCGGCGUCGCAGCUCAGCAUGCGAAUCUCAAAGUGGGUACCAGAGUGGCCAUCGAAGCUGGCGUUAUGUGCAGGAAUUGCAAGCACUGCUCAGCAGGACGAUACAACCUCUGCAAGGGUCUCAGGUUCUGCAGUAGCGCGAAAACAUUCCCCCACUUGGAUGGUACAUUACAAGAGAAAAUGAAUCACCCAGCACACCUUCUGCAUCCGCUACCUGAAAAUGUUUCAUUCGAACAGGCCGCGCUCGCAGAACCCCUCUCAGUUCUUCUUCAUGCCUCGCGCCGGGCCGGUGUUUGCCCGUCUCCUCCAUCUUCAUCAUUACUCCAAAAACACCCUUCAUCGACCUCCCGGCCAUUAUUAAAUGGACACACCCCGGCCGUCACUACUUCAGAAAACUUAUCAACACCCAAAAAUAUCCUCGUAUACGGCGUUGGGGCAAUCGGCCUGCUAGCUUGCACGCUUGCACGUUCAUUAGGAGUCCGACGUAUUUGCGCUAUCGAUAUCAACCAAGAUCGUCUCGAUUUCGCUGUUCGCGAGGGCUUUGUCGACAAGGACGGAGCUUACUGUCUUACGCUACCCCCGAGGUUCAAUGCACACACGUCUAUCAAAGAGGAACCUUCGGCCGCGUUAAAACGCGCGAAAGAAAACUCGGUAGCUGCCCUCGAGUUUCUACACGAAUCAGAAGGAUUCGACGUGGUAUACGAGUGUACUGGAGCGGAAUCCUGUAUCCAGAUGGCUGUUCAUUCCGCAGCCACUGGAGGGAAAAUAGCUCUUGUCGGGAUGGGGAGUCCCAACGUUCACUUACCCCUCGCUACCGCAGCCCUUCGGGAGGUAGACCUCAUAGGUUCGUUUCGGUAUGCGAAUACCUACCCCGAGGCAUUGCGGUUGCUUGGCUCCAACUCGGCGCCAGACCUCGAAUGGGACCUGGGACUGAAAGUAUCCAAGUUGGUCACACAUCGCUUCGAGCUUGCAGACACCAAAAGUGCAUUCGAGACGCUUGCCAAGGGCCGGGACGAGAAUGGCAGGGUUGUCUUGAAGGUAAUAAUCGGCCCCCCACGAUAGACGUUCCGUGAGUUCCGCAGGAAUAUUUUACUUUAGAUAGCCUUCGUCGUUCCGCAAGAUAAUACGCUUGCGGACCUUUCGCUAUCCACUACAUCUAAUUAUCUUACCUACCAUCCCUGGCAUCUACAUUGUACGUUUACUACUCGCGCACGCACUUAAAUUACUUUGGCUUUCUUUUCAAGACAUUUCAUGGAAUAUCCCACUACUUAUGGUGCUUAGGACGUGUUUCGUCAUUGUAAACUAGCAAUUCAUUCACGCUUCCCUCAGGAAAACCGCUCUUAGCGACCAAUUCAAUCUACUCAACCACC